AUGGAGGUCGGUAUCAUUGGCUCGGGAAUCAUUGGCCUAUUAUCAGCCUUAACACUCACCGAUGUCGGCUAUAAAGUGACAAUAGUCGCACGUGAUCUCCCUGGAGAUGAUUCACAGGACUGGGCAAGUCCGUGGGCCGGGGCAGCAAUCUAUCCUCACCCUGACAGCGGUGGAAACUCCCUGCAGAGGGAAAAUUUCAGAUACUACUGGGAUUUAGCCCAUCGUGACCCCACUAGUUGUGGUGUUCAAGCCAUCAAGGCUACAGAAUACUACGAUGACCGCGACAAUGAUUCAAGCAUAUGGUACAAGACAGUCGUGCCCAACUACCGCCUGAUUCAUAGGGAGGACUUACCAAAAGGUUCCAAACUCGGCUUCACCUAUACGUCCAUGACACUCAACCCAGAAAUUCUUCUACCAUGGAUUCAAAAGCAGCUGCAAGCACGCGGCGUGAAAUUCAUCAGGAGAGCACUGCGCUCCAUCGAAGAAGCGAGGAAUAUCACGGGGGCUCGAGUCAUCGUCCAUGCGUCAGGCCUGGGGGCCCAUACCCUGGCCGAUGACAAGAAUGUGGAGGCUAUCCGAGGCCAAACAAUGUUCGUCAAGACAGAUUUUGCAGAGACGAAGAUACACCAGGGCUCGCAUUACACCUACGUGAUCCCUCGACCACAGACCGAUGGCGCAAUCAUGGGAGGCGUGAGCCAGCCUGGUAAUGUAGAUCGCAAUGUUGACAAAGAUCUGCGCGUGGAUAUUCUUCAACGCGUCAUAACGCUUGUCGGUGGAGAACUGGACUCGGUUAGGUUGAAGGAUGUGAAGAAGGACAUUGUGGCCUAUCGACCCGGGCGGAAGGGGGGAUUUCGCCUUGAGGCUGAGGGUAACACGGUGCAUGCUUAUGGGUUUUCAGGCCUGGGCUAUGUUUAUAGUUACGGGGCAGCCUUAAGGGUUCGAGAACUUGUCGAUUCGUUGUGCAGUCGCGAGAAAGAUAGAGGAAGCCGUCUCUGA